GUGUGGCGGCGAGGGGCGGGCGUGGGCGGCGCCGCCACGUGGCUCCGGCUCUCGGGCGCGUCGCGACGCCCGCUGCAGCCGCUCCCUGCCGGCCGGGAACCAUGCACAGGUGUUGGUGCGACCGUGUUGUUUACGCGACUCGUGCGGGAUGCUAAGUCGAGAAGCCGGCGCUGGAUGUUUACAGUGUGUGCAUGGGACGUAGUGACGGGUUGAUGGAGGCUGAGUACGGCGAGGUGGUGGCGGGGUGCGAGGUGCGUCGCGACGCUGCCAUGGACGCGCUGGAGCCGCUACACCCGCUCGACCCGCCGCCGCCCGACGUGCUGCUCGCACUGCUCGCCAGAAACAAAGCACUUGAAGCCAGUAUCCCGAAAUGCGGCGGCUGUCACGAGAUGAUCGUGGACCGGUACGUGCUGAAGGUGUCGGAUCGCACGUGGCACGCCGGCUGUCUGCGCUGCGUCGAGUGCCGAGCCAUGCUGUCGGGGAAGUGCUUCGCCAGGAACAAUCAGCUGUACUGCACCGAUGACUUCUUCAAUCCCAGGCGGUUCGGCACCAAGUGCGCUGGCUGCGGGCAGGGCAUCCCCCCCACCCAGGUGGUGCGGCGCGCGCAGUCCCACGUCUACCAUCUGCGCUGCUUCGCCUGCGCCGCGUGCGCAAGAACCCUCAACACUGGCGACGAGUUCUAUCUCAUGGAAGACGGCAAGCUUGUCUGUAAACCUGACUACGAAGCCGCGAGAGCGAAAGGCGGCGAGGGUUCGCUAGACGGGGACGCGGCGAGCAAGAGGCCUCGGACCACCAUCACGGCCAAGCAGCUGGAGACCUUGAAGAAUGCGUACAGCAGUAGUCCGAAGCCGGCGCGGCAUGUGCGGGAACAGCUGGCGCAUGACACGGGGCUGGAUAUGAGAGUGGUGCAAGUCUGGUUCCAGAACAGACGAGCCAAAGAGAAGCGACUAAAGAAAGACGCGGGUCGCACGCGCUGGUCUCAAUACUUCAGAUCUAUGAAGAGUGGCAGCGGCUCCCCGCGGCACGACCGACUCCUGGACAAGGACGAGCUCAAGAUAGACCUCGACUCUUUUAGUCAUCACGAGCUAAGUAACGACAGCUACAGCACCGUAGCGCUGGGCGGGGAGGAGGGCUCCCCGGCGGGAGGGGGCGCGGCGGCAGGGGGGGCGCGCUACGCCGCUACGCCGCCGUACCUGCGCGCGCACUCGCCGCCGCAUCCUCACUACCACUACCCGCCGGACCAUCUUGUCUACACCAAUAUAGGCCAAGCAAUGAGCGGCGCUGGCAUCGGCGGGGCAGGAGGCGCGGGAGGUGCCUCCGACCUGAGCAGUUCAUCAUCACCCGCAGCGGGCGGCUACCCCGACUUCCCGCCGUCGCCCGACUCGUGGCUGGGCGAGGCGCACCACUACUCCCCGCGCGCCUUCCCCUAGCGGCGGCCGCCGCCGGCGCACGCGCACCCCGCGCCGCCCGCGCCGUCGCCGCGCGCCCCCUACCCGCAUCUGCUCGCCCAACAACCCCUCGAGCUCGUGGUCAAGCGGGAGCUGUAACCUCUCACCAGUGAACAUUUCAACGAUCAGGACGUUAUGAAGUGGAGGAACACUGAUAUUUUUGACACUGUAUAAAAUUAAACGUUAGUCCCGGCCCAAAACAUUCUUGUAAUAUUUUGAUCCAUAGUUGAUUCCUUGUACCAUAGGCCCUGGCGACAUGGUUACUCUGAUAAGGGCAGAUCUUUUACAUGAAUGCAACUAUGAUUUCCCAGGGUAUCCUGGGUAGUGAGUGCAGCUAUAGCUUUUUAGUGUUCAACAGGAUUUGCUGUAUUGUAAAUAAAAGGAUAUUCAUUAAAUACACAGUUAAAUUUGUUUGCCACUGGUCUUGAUAAUCCACUUUUUGAUUUACUCUGAGAUUCCUAUAUACCAUUGGUGUUUAGUUAUAUUGUGUAACUUUGUGAUUGUGCCGUUGGUUUAGGUUUGUAAAAAAUAAAUAUUUGUAUAUAAACAACGAGCACAAGAUAAUUUAAAAGCCUUAUAAUAGCAAGGUAUAUUGUUGUAAAUAGUAUAGAGUCAUCAAUAAAUGUCAAGAUCUAAGAGUACCAUUAAUAUUAUAUGUACAUUAUUAUAAUAAUGAUACAAAGAAAUAAUAUGAUUUACGUAGAUGUAACGCAAUAUUUAUUUACGAUUUAACAUUCGACAGAAUUUAUCACAAUAUUGUACAUAGAGAUAAUGUAAUAUAAGUAAUAAUAGCUGAUAUAGGCAAGUCCAUAGUGAUUAUAAUACUUUGUGCAAAAAAUCUAGUCGACAGAUGAAUGGUAUCUAUAUAAAUAAUUGU